AUGCUUCGAAACGUUCUUCGCGCAACUUCUCAAGUGAGAAAUGCAUCAAGCAUUCCACCAGGAUUAUCCAACAUUGUUCCUCAAUACACUGGUGUGAGUUUUUCUGGGAAAAUUUUUAAGUUUUGAAGUUAAUUUUCACGUUUCGAUUGAAAAAAAAAGAGUUGUUUUAGAUUCCACCAGUUUUCUGUUAAUAAAUUUCCAAAAAUUCAAAAUGUCAUUGUUGUUUUUCAUACAAAAACAUCGUAUCGAUAACCUUGAAAACGAGAUGAAACGAACGAUAUUAAUUCCGUUUUGACAAAAAAUCGUGCUGUUUUGUUGUUUUUUUUGGAAACAAAACUUCAGGUUUUUAAAAUGUUUAUCUCUUGAGUAAAUGUCAUUAUACCCUUUGAAAACGGAAAGUUCAUGAGUUUUCCUACUUUUACAUCAUUCGAGCAUGUGUUUUCUGACAUUUUCUUAUCACAAACACGUGAUGAAAAAACAGCGCUUGAGCUCAUUGACAAAUGAAGCAACCAUUGAACAUUUUUUCUCUGAUCACAACGUUGUUGAUCGUCCAAAUUGUCAUCAUUUUCGAACAUUUCUGAUUGUUCUUUAGAGUUUGCAGAAAAGAGAAUAGAUAGGAGGAACAGAUAAAGUAUAAACAGUUAAAAAAGAUAGAAGAGAAACACGUGGUUUGUUGAUCGGAGGUUGAAGAUUGACAUAAAACCACGCGGUUUCGUGCAAAAGAGAACAACAUUGUGUUCUGAUAAGAAAAGGGAUUAAAAACCGAAAAGAUUGAUUAAACCAUUUUUUUUCAGAUUUUCAUCAACAAUGAAUUCGUGCCAGCCAAAUCUGGAAAGACAUUCGAAACUGUCAAUCCAGCAAAUGGAAAAGUUAUCACUCAAGUAGCCGAAGGAGACAAAGCUGAUGUUGAUGCCGCUGUCAAGGUAUAUACAACUAUUGAAAGUUUUCUUGUAAUAAAUUACUUAGUUUUUAGGCUGCUACAAAUGCUUUCCGAAUUGGAAGUGAAUGGAGAACAAUGAAUGCAUCUCAAAGAGGUGUUCUUUUGAAUCGACUUGCUGAUUUGAUGGAAAGAGAUCGUGUUAUUUUGGCAUCACUGGAAUCACUCGAUAAUGGAAAACCAUAUGCAAUUGCUUACGCGGCUGAUGUUCCAUUGUCAAUCAAAACUUUGAGGUAAUACAUUUUUCUAAUUUUAAAAACAUCUUAUCAAAUUAAGUUGUUUUUUGUCUUUUUUGAAAUAUAAUACGUGUUAAUUUCAAUUAGGAUUUUUUUUUAGAAAUUUUGAAAAUAAAACAAGUUUUUUGUUUUCAGAUAUUACGCUGGUUGGGCUGACAAAAAUCACGGAAAAACCAUUCCAAUCGAAGGUGAUUAUUUCACUUAUACUCGCCAUGAACCGGUUGGAGUUUGCGGUCAAAUCAUCCCAUGGAACUUCCCACUUUUAAUGCAAGCUUGGAAAUUAGGACCAGCUCUUGCUAUGGGAAACACUGUUGUCAUGAAAGUUGCCGAACAAACACCAUUGAGUGCUCUUCAUGUUGCUGCUUUGACAAAAGAAGCUGGAUUCCCAGAUGGUGUUGUUAAUGUUAUUGCUGGAUUUGGGCCAACUGCUGGACAAGCUAUUUCAGAACAUAUGGGAAUUGAUAAAGUUGCAUUCACUGGAUCAACUGAUGUUGGAAGAAUUGUAAUGAAAGCAGCUGCUGAAUCGAAUGUCAAAAAGUAGGAAAAUUAAAUUGGAUAUCUGAAGAUAUAAUGUUUUUUCAGAGUAACUCUUGAAUUGGGAGGCAAAAGUCCAAAUAUUAUUUUUGCUGAUGCCAACGUUGAUGAAGCUGUUCACCAAGCAAACCACGGACUUUUCUUCAAUCAAGGACAAUGUUGUUGUGCUGGAUCAAGAACCUUUGUUGAAGGAAAAGUAUGAUUUUGUACUCCCCCGAUUUUUUUCUAUAUUUGAUUUCUCAGAUUUAUGACGAAUUUGUUGCUCGUUCCAAAUCUCUUGCUGAAAAAAUCGUUGUUGGUGAUCCAUUCAACUUGAAAACCACUCAAGGACCACAAGUUGAUGACAAACAAGUCGAAACCAUUCUCAAAUACAUCAAUGCUGGAAAGAAAGAAGGAGCUCAAUUGGUUACUGGAGGAGAGAAACAUGGAAGUGAGGGAUAUUUUGUGAAACCAACAAUCUUCGCUAAUGUUAAUGAUCAAAUGACAAUUGCUCAAGAAGAAAUCUUUGGACCAGUUAUGAGUAUUAUUAGAUUCGAUGGAAUGGAAGAUUUGGUUGAAAAAGCGAAUAAUACUAUUUAUGGAUUAGCUGCUGGAGUUAUGACUAAAGAUCUUGAUAAGGCUCUUCAUGUUGCAAACACUAUUCGAGCUGGAUCAGUUUGGUUAGUUGCAAAAUUAUGAUAACUACUGAAAACCGAUUAUGUUUUAGGGUGAACUGUUAUGAUGUGUUCGAUGCCGCCGCUCCAUUCGGAGGAUUCAAACAAUCCGGAAUCGGUCGCGAACUUGGAGAAUACGGUCUUGAAGCUUAUACCGAAGUCAAGACUGUCACCAUCAAAGUUCAACAAAAGAACUCAUAA